GCCUCACCACUCAUUCACUCUUCUCUUUAAACGACGUCCUACAACUGCCACUGGAGGCUCUCCACGAAGUUUCUCCGUGUAGUCGCAGUUGUAUGACCUUCCAUGGAAGAUCACCAUGCACUGGAACUAAGCUGGAGAAAGCGGAGGUUCUGCUCGAGGGCGUAGUUAAGGGCAAUGAUCUCAGCACUUUCUAGCAGGAUAAAAAAAAAUUGCACCUGAUUCCCAAGUUGACUCUUUGUGUCGGACAAGAAUUGAGCUUAAGUUAUGAAUUUCAAGCAGAAAUUUGUAAGGUUUCAGGAAUGGAGUCCAGCAAGAUCCGUGAGUUCUGAGGGGCAAUUCCCCCCAUACCGGAGAGGAACUAGAGCAACUAUAAGUGGAAUUCUUGAGAGGAUUCAGGAAGGAUUUGCAACAGUUUCUGAAAGGAUUCAGAGCUGGAGAAAAUCACUAAGCCUCCCUUCAAGAACCAGAAAGCCAUCAAAAGAAUUGAAGAGUCCCAGGAAGAAAAUUCUUGACCCCCAGGGUUCGUUUCUUCAGGAGUGGAAUAAAGUAUUCCUCAUCUCUACUGUACUUGCAGUUGCCUUGGAUCCAUUUUUCUUUUACGUCCCAAUUCUUCAUCGCGAGGAGACCUGCCUUGAUUUGGACACGAAACUGGGGGUCAUUGCUUGUGUUCUUCGUUCAAUUGUCGACAUCUUUUACAUUCUUCAUAUUAUCUUUCAGUUCCAUACUGGGUUUAUCGCCCCUUCUUCUAGAGUAUUUGGGAGGGGUGAAUUAGUUGAAGCCCCUUCAGCUAUAGCGAAAAGAUACUUGUCCACCUACUUCAUUAUCGAUAUUCUCUCAAUCCUUCCCCUCCCACAGUUGGUUAUUCUGAUCGUCAAAGUGAAAGGACCGGUUUCAUUGAAUACAAAGGACUUGUUGAAGUCUGUCAUUUUCUCCCAGUAUGUGCCAAGACUACUCAGGAUUUAUCCACUAUAUAAAGAAGUGACGACGACUUCUGGCAUUAUUACUCAAACCGCAUGGGCUGGGGCUGUUUUCAAUCUCUGCCUCUAUAUGCUGGCCAGUCAUGUAGUUGGAGCUUUUUGGUACUUGUUUGCAAUAGAACGACAAAAUACCUGCUGGGCAAAGGGAAGUCGGUCAUGUCAUUUCAAUCCUGUAGGUUUGUACUGUGGAGCAGAAAGUAGACGAAAUAAUAUUACUCCACAGGUUCAUGAUUGUCUAAAUGCAGCUUGUCCUCUUAUCGACCCUGAUGAUAUUGUGAAUUCAACAACGUUUAACUUUGGAAUAUUCUUUGAUGCUCUUCAAUCUCAUGUGGUGGAAAGAAAAGAUUUCCAAAAUAAAUUCUUUUACUGCUUUUGGUGGGGUCUGAGAAAUCUUAGUUCUCUGGGACAGAACCUCAAAACAAGCACUUUCAUCGAGGAGAUCUUCUUUGCUGUGUUUAUCUCCAUCUUUGGAUUGGUUUUAUUUUCACUACUCAUUGGAAAUAUGCAGAAAUAUCUGCAAUCCACAACUGUUAGAGUCGAAGAGAUGAGAGUAAAAAGGCAGGAUGCAGAGCAGUGGAUGGCUCAUCGAUUGCUCCCUGACCCCCUGAGGGUGCGGAUUAGGCGGUAUGAACAAUACAAAUGGCAAGAAACCAGAGGUGUCCAGGAGCAUAAACUUAUUUCAGAUCUUCCCAAGGACCUCAGGAGAGACGUAAGGCGCCAUCUCUGCUGGAAUCUGCUAAUGAGAGUGCCAAUGUUUGAAAAAAUGGACAGCCAACUGUUGGAUGCACUGUGUGAUCACCUAAAGCCAGUUCUUUAUACAGAAAACAGCACCAUUCUCCGUGAGGGGGAUCCUGUUGAUGAGAUCUUCUUCAUCAUGCGAGGCAAGCUGUCGACUAUAACCACCAAUGGUGGAAGAACUGGCUUCUUCAAUGAAACUUAUCUCAAGGCUGGUGACUUCUGUGGAGAUGAGCUUCUCACAUGGGCCUUGGAAUCCAAAUCCUCUUCCAAUCUCCCCAUCUCAACCAGAACUGUAAAGGCCAUAACUGAGGUUGAAGCCUUUGGUCUAAUGUCCAAUGACCUGAUAACCGUUGCCUCCCAGUUCUUCUACCGUCUCCACAGCAAGCAGCUCCAGUAUACUUUCAGGUUCUACUCCCAGCAGUGGAGGACAUGGGGAGCCUGCUUUAUACAGGCUGCUUGGCAGCGUUACAGGAGGAGGAAGCAGGACAAGGCUUUACAGGAGGCGGAAGAGAGGCUGCAAGAUGCUUUAUCAAGAGAGGUAGGUGCCUCUCCAAGCCUCGGUGCCACUGUCUUCGCAUCAAGGUUUGCUGCCAAACUUCUACGAGCCCUGCGGCGUAAUGGUGGACGCAGAACCCGAUUGCCACAGAGACUACCACCUUUGAUGCCUCAGAAGCCCACUGAUCCUGAUUUUACUUCGGCAGGUCGGUAAUGAAGUGAGUCUUUUGAGAGUUGUGUUGAUUGUGGAAGCUUUGUUUGUACUUUGUACUUGAAGCUUUAGUGUAAGAGGUUUUUGUGUAUAGUAUAUGUUGAGCAGAGUCCUGCUAUUUUCUGUAAAGCUCUGUUUGUUUUUUGUUUCAUGAUUUUCAUCAUGGCCUAAAAGUUCAAGUAAAAUCCAUCAGCUCCUAAGGAUUUAUCCAGUUA